ACAGGGCCUGGGGCAGGGUCCCUCGGCCCCUCCCUUGUGGCUGCCGCGACUGUGGACUGAGCCGGCCGCUGGCUGGGGCGCUGACAGUCCCCCCCCCCCCCCCAGCGUAGGCAGCAGCGUCCUAGAGCUGGGACAUCGCCAGGCGCCGCCUCCCUGCCCAGGGGCACAGCGCUGAGGGGCUCCACUGGGGGGGCUUGGCAGCUGCUGCAGGCUGUGUCCAGGGGCCCCUGCUGGCUCCGCCCGCCCUGGGGACUGCCCCUCACCAGGCACAGCGUGGGCACCUGCAGGGCCACCCGCCAGGUGUGGCCCACUCUGGGCUCUGCAGACGCACACAUCUGGUGCUCACGGUGCAGCUACACAACCUUGGGGCCUGGGGCAAGUGCUGGGAAGUGAGGGGCACCCACCCCGAGGGGUCAGGGGGUUUGGGCCGCUCUGGGGCUGAGCACGCCCUCAGGUGUGGGCUUGGGUUUCAGCCUGGCCUGUGCUCCCCUGCCCCUUCAGGCUCUCUAACCCCGAGCCCCAGCCGGGUCCCCGCUCGCGCUGGACGUGGCUGCCGCCAGAGCCCACACUGGUCUGCUUUCCCAGGCCGUGCACGAGGGGCCCCUGCAGGGUCCUCCCCGUCACCCCCUUGUUGCCUGCCGGAGCCCAACCCCUCCUCGCCCACGGCCUCCACAAGCUUGGGGCCUGGCCUGCCAGCGCAGCCGCCGUGUUGGCAGAAGCUCCCCGCGUACCCCCAGCUGCGGGCGCAGCGCUGCCUGGCCGGCACUGCUCCCCUUGCCCGCUGGGCGCCUGCCAGGCUGAGCGGGACCUGAAGCCCGAGGUCGGCCUGGGGUGGGGGAACCACCCCCGCUCCAGCGCUCCCUGUGCCUGAGGCGCUCGCCCAGCCGCCCGCCGCCUCUCCAGUCUGGGGAGGCCCCGUGCGUCCUUCGUCCUCUGCGCCGCCCACGCGGGGCCCUGCGCACACAGCCAGCUCGGGCACCUCCCCCCACCUCACAUAAAAGCUGGCGGCUCCGAGCCUCAUCCCCACCGCCUGCUGCUGCCGCCUGCCUGCCUCCCCAUGACCUGGCCCACUACGCUGGUGGCCGCCGCCCUGGCGCUGUGCCUCCUGCUGCCUCCGCCUGGCCAUGCGUGGUACCGGCCAGCUGCAGGGCCUGGCCACUACACGGUGGGCCGUGCCGCGGGGCUUCUGUCCAGCUUCCGCAGGUCCCCGCACGCACGGCGCUCGGAGCUCCCCAGCCGGGCAGGGGCUUCUGUGGAGCUGCAUCCCAGCCUGCAGAGCCUGGCCCUGUGUGUCAAGGAUGUCACCCCAGACCUGCAGAGCUGCGCACACCUGCCUGCGGGCCACGGGACCUUCCAGUGCAAGGCUGACGUCUUCCUGUCACUGAGCGCCGCGGGCUGCCCCCGCACCUGACCCCCACCUCCCCGCGGAGGCCCCCCCCCCGCCCUGUAGUACAUGGCUAAACCAAUAAACAGGAGUGA